AUGAACUUUUUAUUUGCGAAUAAACUUGCUUUUUAUAUUGUUGAUAGAACUCAUUCAGGAAGAGUUAGUUGUGAUGAAGUAAUGAAUGUUAUGGUUCCAUUAGUUGGUUCAACUGAUCCUACAACUAUAGAUUGUAUGAGAUUCUUUUUUUCGUUAUGUGAUGUAGAUAAUGAUAAUUCAUUGAACGAAAAAGAAUUUGAACAUUUUAUGUGGUGUUAUAAUAAGUGCUGUGAGCCUAGAUUUGUUAAAAUUAAAGCUGAUUUAGUUAUUGUAUUAUUUAUUGAAAUAUUUAGAGCUAUUGACAGUGAUAUGAAUGGGACUGUAUCUUGUAGUGAGAUAGCCCAUACUCUAUCUAAACUAGAAGAGUCGAAUGUUACAAUUUUUGGAUAUAAAGAUAUGUUUGAAGACAUUAGAGAUUAUGCUAUUACUAAAGGCCCUCAAACAGAAUUGACUGAAUUUGAGUUUUUAUGUAUUGCUAUAAAACCUGAAAUUCUCUUUCUUCAUCUUGAAGCUAAGUAUAGUGCUUUAUUUAAAAAACUUGAUAGUGGUCAAUUUGGAUAUAUUAACUCAAAGGAUCUUGUUUCUCAUAUUGCUCGAUUCAUGUUUCCACGAGGUUGUGAGACAAAGAAUGCUCUUGAUCUUGUUAUCAGUAUUAUUACAUCAACUACUCAAUCUGAGAAAAUAAGACUAAAACAAUUUGGGUUUCUUGUUGAGUUAUUAAAAGAUGUUAGUCGUUCUGCAACAUACUUUACUAAUCCAAUGUUAUAUGAAGCAUUGUUUAGGCUUAUUGAUAAUAACUCAAAUGGAGAGUUAGAUGGAGAAGAGUUAAUAUUAUUAAUUGAGACAAUCAAAUUGUCUUCAAAGAAGAAAGAAAUUGUUAUGAAAGCUAUUAAAGCGAAAGCAACAAUUACCUAUUCCCAAUUCAUUGAUAUUAUGCAUAACUAA